AUGUCAAACGUCCUGUUAUUAAGCAGCGCCAUGGAGAGCUUGUCCACACGGAGGACCUUUCCUCUUCAAGCACGCACGGGCGUCUGCCGUAAUCUUUUUGGACCGGUGGAUCACGACGAACUGAACCGGGAGAUGAAAUCCAAGAUGCGGGAGAUUUCGGAUAGGGACCAGCGGAGAUGGAACUUUAAUUUCGAGGCCGACGUGCCACUGUCUGGGGACUAUGUGUGGGAGGAAACCCCGGUGGAAACGAGCCCUGUAUUCUACCAGGACUCUGUACAGGUCGGGAGGACGAGGAUUGUUGUAACACCGGUCAAUGUGAAGCUAGACGUUGACUUUAUCCUACUGGACUCAUCUUCUCAGGAUGUAUCGCCUCUUUGUGAUGACCGCUUGACCAGCUCCGAAAGUAGCACUCUAUGCCUCACCGAAGUCAACCAGGAGAACUGCGCAGUGAAGCUGAACUCCGGGAGGCCUACUCCUAAACAAGUCCCGUGCGUUCGAUGCAAAAGAACGGCUACUACUGAUACGACGACAACGACACAUGUUACAGGUAGGCCAAAAUAUCGCUAAUCUGUAGACUAAGACUAUUGUGUUUUACGCAUUGAUGCUGAAUCUCGAGAUAUAUUUGGUCAAGUGAUGUAGUCAGUCAUGUGUUGUCCGGUCAGUAAGCUAAUAUUUGGCCACCCAGGGCCAUGAUGUGAGUUCUUGGGUUUAAAUGUGACUUUUCUUUCCAGACUUCUACGUGAGACGAAAAAGGUUGACGACCGAAACGAAGCUAAAUGAAAGUACUUCCCAGCAUCCUUCGUCUCAACUUCCUGUAGAACAAACUCCACGCAAGAGAAUUCGUUGA